AUGGCGCGGAUGUUGCGCGAUACGCGGUUCGUGGUUGGUUGGUGUGCCCGUUCGCGCAACUCGCAAGGACAUCUCGGCAUCUCGGUCGGUAUCAGCCUCUCUCACACUCACAACUUGUUCUGUGGUUGCCCAGAGCAGAAGUGCGGUUGCCUAGGCAAAUUAAAAAGUUUGAGUAGCUUUUUCGAGUUGACAGAAAAGUUGCGUAUGUUUUGUUCUCCAUGCUCCUGUGUGAGUCAUUUAUUCAGCAAAGCGAUAAGACGCCCGAAUACGAAGAAAAUGUCCAAACAUAUUGUAUUUGAGGGCUGGCUGACUAAAUCUCCACCAUCUAAACGUAUUUGGCGGGCGAAAUGGCGAAAAAGAUGGUUUGUCCUGCGUCAGUCAGGGGAGUUGCCUGGGCAGUACUUCCUUGACUAUUAUGCCGAUCGAAACCGCAGGCGCAUGAAGGGAACCAUCAAUUUAGACCUUUGCGAACAGGUGGACGCUGGUCUUCACAUGGAAAGGGGCACUGGUACAAGUCUAGACCCGAAAGUCCGUGGUUCAGUCUUCACAGUCCGUACGACCACUCGCAUAUAUCACCUCGAGGCUGACAGCGAAGACGACAUGGAGAAGUGGGUAGCUGCCAUCUGCCGGGUCUGUGGUCUGCAUGCCACUGAUGAAACCAGGGAGAGAAUGGGACCUUAUCAGAACAGCAUUCCGCCGAUGUCCGUCGCCCACGAUCAGUAUGAUGUGUCUGACAAUGGUGUUUAUAUUCGUAUUUCAGAUUGCAUUACUGGGAUACGCCCUCAGGACCGGCGCGCGUUCACUUUCGACGAUGAAGAUCUGAUUGAGAGCAGCAAGUCAUUCGAGCGUGACUACUGCGGGCGGCACCCGCUGUCUUACCUUCAGCCCCAGCCGGAGAUCCGGGUGUACGCCCCCACCACUCCAGAGACGCCCCCCACAGCCAUAUACCGGGCGGCGACGGCCUCGUGCUCCGUGUCCACGGGAGCUUCUACGUCUGGACAGGCCUCGAUGGUGGCUCAAGAUUCUGAUGAAGAGUCGUACGCGAGCGAAGAAGAGGAUCCGGACAAUCUGUCGCUGCUAGAAGGCCACGUCAACAUAAACCCGGACUGGGACACAACUCUCAGUAGGACGACAUUUACGAGGCAUAGACCCCUGAGCGCGCCAAGGCCAACCCCGGCCCCCGCCGCGGCGUCAGCACCAGCGGUAGUCAGCAAGCAGCCGCCACCGCAGCCACCGCAGCCGCCGCCGCAGACGCAACCACAACCUCAGCCGUCGUGCAGCCACUACCCAACCACCAAUGGCUUGGCUACGGAACCUAAAUUUGUAGGCCCACCAGUGCCGCCUCGCCCACCGAAGCCCUUCCAGGGACCGAAGCUGCAAGAACCCACCGAAACUGAGAACGCUCCUGCACAGCCGAUGUCAUACCUGACGGUGCCGGGGCGUCGGUCGCAGAGCUCGCCGGCGUCUCCGGGGCGCGCGCUCGCGGUGGCCCCGAGCCACUCGCGUGAUGACGACGAGGAGAUGGCUUGUGCUGCGCCGGUCAGUAUUCACACGCUAACGUCGUCAACGUCACGUCACGAGAACAAGAUCAUUUCAGGCCGAGUUUAA